AUGUCUUUCCCAGGAAAUAUCCCACCAGACUGCUUGAUUAGGAAAGAUGACGGUAGACAGUUCUGGGAGGACAAAGACGGCAACGAAGAUGAAAUGAUUGCAGCUGCUGAGGUACAGCCGGGCAUGUCAGAAGUAGACCUUCAAGGCUCUCGAGAAUUCCUAGCCAAGCUUGGAAUUGGGUCAGACCCGGACUUGCGAACUGUCAACAGUGCCUUGGAAGGAGGAGCAGGAAUCGGAAGAUUCACUGAGGGCGUGCUCUUAGAAAUUGCCGAGCAGGUUGACGUGAUUGAACCAGUCAUUAAAUUUACCGCAAGACUUCAAGGUAGGAACGGUAUACGAGGCAUCUUCAACGUCGGCAUAGAAGAAUGGCAACCCGCUCAGGAUGUCAAAUAUGAUUUGAUUUGGAAUCAAUGGUGUCUCUGCCACCUGACAGAUGAGCAAUUGGUUCAGUACUUGAAGAAAUGUGGCACAGUUCUUAGGGAAGGGACUGGACUCCUUAUUAUCAAGGAGAACCUGAGCAUUCGUGGUGUUGACGUAUUCAACGGCACUGACAGCACUGUUAUAAGGUGGGCCAACUUAUCAGAAAAAUUUGAAAUGAUCAUCUAG